AAGUCCUCCUCCUAUUCGGAUCUCUUCGUUCAGUUUCAUACCUGUGAUCGGCUUUGAGGUGCUGCAACUAGUCAACAGUCAGUAGAGUAUUAGUACGAAACACCUGUAGACGCUAGCAUGUGAUUCGACGGAUCAGUCCCUGCAAGAUCAACUCCGUGCGACGAUGUAUUGCGUCGGUUCGAUGUGCAGUGAAUUCCACGAGACGAAGGACGAUCGCGACGCGGGAUAGAGAGACCCCGACGUAGUUAAUAAUAAAAAAAAUAAGAAAAAAAAUCAUCGCCGACAAGCCAUUGAAGUGCCAUAACGCCAAAUAGAAUCUCCUUAUAGCUAAAACGAACCGAACAAGUGCAAUAUAUACCCGAGAGAUAGUGUAAAAGCUGUGAUAACAAAAAACAAAAAUAAUGCUGAACUCGUCCCCGCACAUGGAACAAGAGGGUAGUCGGAUGAUGUCGCCCGCACCUAAUCAGACAUCGCCAACGUCACGGUCGCCACGUCGCGACGCUCCGAGUCCGCCAACGAUGCUCGCAACGAUGACGCCAGUAAACGUAAUGGAGCUAAAAAAGGAGAUGGACGAGAAACGUGCCAUGACUAGUUCGCCAAUUUACCCUCAGGUGAAAACGGAAGUGAUGUACGAGAAAGAGGACGAGAUUUACGCCCAUGUGGCGGACAAGAACGACGCGCCCCUGGACCUAAUUUACGAAGACGGGAAGCAAACUGUUAUUUACACGACCACUCCGGACCAGAAGGGCGUCGAGAUCUACUCCGCCGAUAAUAUAAACAUCAACGCCCACGCAAUCAGGGGUCAGCAGAUCGCCGACGUCCUCCUCGACGGAAAUUCAGGUGCCAUAGUAGAUGGAACUUCCAGUCCACUCCAGACCUCCCAGGGGACAGUCUCCGUCGUCCUGCAAAGUAACGGCCAAGGACUACUCCAAUAUCCACAAUCCCAGGUUCCGGCUACCGUCUUGGUUCUCUCCGAGUUGGUCGAGGAUAUGACUGGCGUCCCGGUCGUUGGAUUAAGAAAGCGAAGUAAUAGUUUAGAGUCGGAGGAGGAGGCGGGAUUCUCGGUGGCUGGUCACCGGGUUAUGGCCGAGAUUCCUGAAGGAGGCCAGUCUCCUUCCGAGGAACACCAAACUUGGAGAGCAUACUACGAGCACCCGUUGACUGCUGCCACGACGGCUAUGCUAAACAUUGGGGGUGGCGCCGAGGAUCAGGCCACUACGAUGGGCCUUAUCUACGAAUACUACAAAUUGCCGCCGUUGACGGCCGACGCUAAGGAUAAAUUGGCGGAUAUUUGGCCGACGAGCUCGCAGGCAGGCAGUAUCCUGACGUCGCAGCUGAAGACGACCAAUGGAUUGGUAAGCGGGGCGGGUUUAGAUUUGGCCCCGCCUUUAACCGGGCAACUCAGCCCGCAAGAUAUCCAGGGUUUAUUCAUCAACCAACACGUCGGGUACGCGCCGAGCUCAGCUAACCAGAACUUGCAAAUAGUUAAACGUGAACCAGAGGAUCUUAGCCACCACCGCAAGCUCGACACCUCGUCGCCGGGGCUGGACGGCUCCAUCGUCGUCAGUAAACAGCCCCGUCACAAGGUCGUGUUAUUGUCGGGACAACCCGGCGAUCUCGUAGUCGACGUCAAUUCCAUCAAGGAUGAAAACCACCACGGAUUAAAGUCUCCCCAACACGGCUCCAGGUCGGUCAAUGGGACGCCAACCUCAACCCACAGCAGUCUCUUAGCCGAAGGAUCCGGUGCCGGACCCGGAGCUGGACCCAUAGAGUUCGUCUCUUCGGACGGACUAAAACCCGCCAUGUACGGGGCGCAAAUUUUUACGUCUAUGAGCAAUCCCCACAGCGGAAGCGGAACCCCAUCUCCGAUCCCUUACGGCGAUCACGUCACCCAAUACAGUGCUCAAAGUGGUUUGGGAGCUAGCUAUUCCACCACGUCAUCGGUUAGAUCGGGGAGUUCCGUGACGUUUUCAGUUUCUGAACCUUACGGAUAUCGAGAAUAUUUUAACACCGUUACUUCCGGAGCUGGUACUCCGGAACCUGCUUACACGGGACAACUACGUCAAAGCCAAUUGACAUAUGGAGACGAAACAACUGCUGGCGUCGGAGGAACCACCUCCACGUCAGGGUUUGUCGAGCGUUAUGUUCGACAACCUUACCACACGAAGGGAGUUAUCGCCGCGGCUACCGCGGCCGGGCUCACCGUGGAUCUACCAAGUCCGGAUAGUGGAAUUGGUGCCGAUGCCAUAACCCCUAGAGACCAAACCACGAUGCAACAGUCUUUCGAUUAUACGGAACUUUGCCAGACCAACCCUGGACUUUUGGAUCCCUUGACCAUCAGCCAGAGGGGAAACGCCACAUCGCAAUCGCCGGGCUCCCAAACCAGCAACCGGAGUAGGCCGUGGCACGAUUUCGGCAGACAGAACGACGCCGACAAGAUCCAGAUUCCGAAAAUAAUUUCCAACGUAGGAUUUAAAUACUUCUUGGAAACACCGAUAUCUACAUCUCAAAGGCGAGAGGACGACCGUAUAACUUACAUCAAUAAAGGACAGUUUUAUGGGAUCACAUUAGAAUUUAUAGAUGAUCCUAAUAAACAACUUAAAUCACAAACAGUCAAGAGUAUAGUCAUGCUCAUGUUCAGGGAAGAAAAGAGUCCUGAAGAUGAGAUCAAAGCGUGGCAAUUUUGGCACGGUCGUCAACAUUCGGUUAAACAACGCAUCUUAGACGCCGAUACAAAAAAUAGUGUUGGAUUAGUGGGAUGCAUCGAAGAAGUAGCUCAUAAUGCUAUUGCUGUUUAUUGGAAUCCAAUGGAAAGCGCAGCAAAAAUAAAUAUAGCUGUUCAAUGUCUUAGCACUGAUUUCAGUAGUCAGAAGGGUGUAAAGGGGCUUCCUUUACAUUUGCAAAUAGAUACUUAUGAGGAUCCAAGAGAUACAAAUAUUUUCCAUAGAGGAUACUGCCAAAUAAAAGUAUUUUGUGAUAAGGGUGCUGAAAGAAAAACGCGCGAUGAAGAAAGACGAGCAGCCAAAAGAAAAAUGACGGCAACCGGAAGAAAGAAGUUAGAUGAGCUUUACCACCCGAUGUGUGAACGUUCCGAAUUUUAUUCUAUGAUCGACCUCAUAAAACCGCCGGUUUUAUUUUCGCCCGCCGAAGACAUCGAAAAGUCUUUGGUGUUUCCGCAGCUGACAUCGAUGGAGCUCCAGAGUUUCUAUGGCCACGACACUGACACAUCACUGAACGGACCUGUGGAACACGUGAAAGCUGGGUCCCCAUUUCUGCUUCACGCCGCCGCCAAAACUCCUACCACACCCACGCUCAAGUUCCACAAUCAUUUUCCGCCGGACGCCGACAAAAAGGACAAUAUUCUCGAAAGUAGUUUAGGCGUCGAUGCCGGAGGGAUGUUUUCGCCCCCACUCAAGAGGGCGAAGUUGAUCGGAUCAAAUUUGGGGGGAAUGGGCAGUGCUGGACCACCACCAUUAAACGAACGGGUCAUGCUUUAUGUGCGACAGGAAUCGGAAGAGGUUUAUACUCCUCUUCAUGUUGUCCCACCUACUACAGCUGGUCUUUUAAAUGCGAUUGAGAAUAAGUACAAAAUUUCUGCUUCGAGUAUAAAUAACUUGUUUCGAAAAAACAAAAAGGGCAUUUUGGCCAAGAUGGACGAUGACAUGGUGGCCUAUUAUUGUAAUGAAGACCUGUUCUUGCUCGAGCUAAAGACGGUAGAUGAAGAUCUCUUUGACAUAACAUUCGUAGAAUUAUCCGACCACUGACGUGCUCAACUUUAAAGUUUAAGUUUUUUCCCGGUCCUCAAGUACUUCUUUGUUGUGAUUGUUUUUUUUUAUAUUAUGAAAGGAUUCUAACGUUUAAGACAAAAGAAAAAUGUUAAUUAGAAUUUUUAUUAUUAUUGUUUAUAUGAAAGAUUGUUGAGAUGGAUAAUUUCCGAGUGUAAGUUAUUGUUAGCCCCUUGUUUUAUUAUUAUUAUUUUAUGUCGCGACGUUCCGCACGCGUCGCGGCGAAGAAAAGUGGUUGGUGGUGACAUGUGUAUGAUCUCAUGGGUGCACAGUUUUCGUAACACUUCCACGUGCGGAAUCCCUUUAUACUCGUACUGUAUAUAGCUUCAGAAUGAUAUUUUAUUUUAUAUUUUUUACGCGUUAUUGUGUACAUAAAACACAAGCCAUAGCGUCCGCGAGCGAUGCCAUAUAGACUAUUCGGUGUAUUUUUAUUUUUUUUUUGUUAAUGUAGCCCUCAGACACUUGUCAUCUGUCGUCUCUGACUUAGCACACGAUCGCCUCCGAAUAACAAAAAAAAGCGAAGAUUUACUUUUUCAAACCGUACCUGACAUGCUUUACGCCGUUCAAAUUAAAUCGAAAACAUAAAUAUGUGAAACAAAAAUAAUUUACAAUUAGAAGGUACACGACUUAGUUUCGUUUCUCCAUUUUAGUAGUCCUCAUUUAUUUUUAUUUUUUUCUCUUAAUAGCAUUUUUUUACGGUACUGAUUUAAGAAUUAUAUCUGUAUAUUUUUGAGUAUGCAUUAGCCAAUAAGUUCUUAUAUUUCGAAUUAGACUAGAUUUUUUUAGCUACUAGUAAUAGCUCUCUGUUACGUUUAAGCUACAUUUUUUCUUUCCAUACAUACUCUUAGCGUAUCUCUUAUUACGUAAAUUAAGUUUUUACGUAAAUAUUAGGAAAGACGAUGUACAUUUUUAUUUUCUUUAAAAAUAAUUGUUAUUUUAUUAAUUUUUCUUUUCGAUUCGAAUACGAAUUAUUUUUUUAUUGGUUGAUACGGUUUAAAUUUUAUUAAUUUUUUUUUAAAGAUUAUAUAUUUAACAAGAUAUAUCAUAUUACUCGAACCAUUCUAAGAAUUGUUUUGUCUCAUUUACUUUGUUUCAAGUUGUGAAAAUUUAUUAAAAAAAAAAUUUAUUUUAAGUUGUAGAUGGUUUAUGUAAUGCAAACAGCCCAAAGGGAAGCCUAUGUAAAAACAUUAAUUUCCGGAAUAGCAGAUACUCUAACAACCAAUGUCAACUGCGUCACCAUUCCAUCAUAUACUUUAGAGCAACUCAAUGUUGAUAAUAUUCGCAAUAUUAUAUAAGCUAAUUUUUUUAUAUAAAAAUUGUAUGUCUCAAAUGAAGUUUUUUUAAAUAAAAAUUACAUAAAAAUGGUUAAA